AUGGGAAGGCCUCCAUGCUGUGAUAAAUCUACAGUUAAAAGAGGGCUUUGGACUGCAGAAGAGGAUGCAAAGUUGCUUGCUUAUACGUCAACUCAUGGAACUGGGAACUGGACUUCAGUUCCAAAGAAAGCAGGGUUGAAGAGGUGUGGGAAGAGUUGCAGGUUGAGAUGGACAAAUUACUUGAGGCCAAAUCUCAAGCAUGAGAGUUUCACUCCACAAGAAGAGGAAAUGAUUAUCACUCUUCAUGCAACCAUUGGAAGCAGAUGGUCGAUAAUAGCCAACCAACUUCCCGGUCGAACCGAUAAUGAUGUGAAGAACUACUGGAACACAAAGCUCAGCAAGAAGCUAGUUCAAAGGGGAAUCGAUCCCGUCACUCAUAAACCGAUAUCUCAGCUACUCCAGAGCAUCGGUGGCCUUCCGGGAGCCAGCAUCACCACCACCACUCCCACCGGAGCUCGAUACAACCCCUCCCAUGAAGUCAAGGUCAGUAGCCUCAACAGAGACCUCAAGAACUACUUCCUCUCCAAACCUUCAUCAUCUUCUUCUGAACUCAAACCUAAUUGGGAACUUCCUCCCCUGAAUUAUCAUCAUCAUCAUGUCUCCACCAUUGCUGACUCCACACUGAGCUUCUCCGUCACAGAAACAUCUUCAUCUUCGGUAACAACAACUGAUCUCAGUUGGAGUGAUUACCUUAGCAAGGAUGUGUUCAUGCAGAAUGAAAAAGAAGAAGUACAAGGAACUGGUUCUUCAAGAGAGAACCAAAAAAGUGAUAUGAAGGAGGAGGAGGAGAUGAUGAUAAGUGGUGAAACCCUAGGAGAGUGCUCUGAUGCUUCAAUUGGUUUCAUUGAUGCUUUGUUGGACCUUGACAGGGAGAUGAGGAUGGAGUUUCCUGAGUUUCUUGUUGAUGAUUCCUUCAGUUUCAUGUAG